AUGGUGAAACGGAAGGCCAGAGCUAUUAGGACAAAUAGACAGUAUGUUGUUGCCACAGACAGUGAGGAUAGCAGUGCUGAAGAGUUUGAGGAAGAAGUUCUCCCUGGGGACGAUUCUUCUGAGGAUGAUGAGGAGGUCAUCGCUGCGAGAGAGAAAGUGUUGAAUUACAGCAGAGGAUGGAAGUCUGUCGCUCUUUUACAAGAAAGUGAUGCUGAUGAGAACAAUGUGGUGAAUCAGAAUGAUGCUACAAAUAAGGAUGUUGGGGUUGGGGUUGGGGUUGGGGAUGGUGAGGAUUCUGGGUUUGAGUCUGGUGAGGAUGCAACUGUUGGUGAGACUAGUGAAGCUGAACAAACUGGGGAUGACUCUGAUGGUUCAUGUAGUGAGUAUUAUGAUUCUUCUGAUCCUGGCAGCUAUAGGGAUAGCACUGAUGAGUACCUUGAGUUGAAAGAAGAUGCAAAGAGGAAGAAGAGUAGAUAUCCAACAUUCAAAAAGGGAAAAGGUAUACCUUCCUUUGAGCUUGGAAUGUUAUUUAACAGUAAUGCAGAGUUUAAAGAAGCUGUGUCCAAUUAUGCAAUAAUGACUAGGCACGAUAUUAGAUUCACAAAAAAUGAGCCUAAUAGAUGUAGAGCUAAGUGUGUGGGAUCAUCUGAUUGUAAUUGGCUAAUUUUUGGAUCUUUUAGCAAAGAUGUGAAAGGUUUUCAAUUGAAAAUUUUUAUCGAUCAACACUUUUGUGAACCAAAAAGGAAAAUGAAGUUGUUGACCACUAAGUAUUUGGUGUCUAAGUUCUAUGACUUAGUUGCUGCACAUCCAGAUAUAAAGAUUAGGUAUUUGAGGCCCUUUAUGGAGAGACAAAUGGAGUUAGAUGUCAAUCUAACUUUGUGCAAAAGAGUAAGAAAGAGUAUACUUUCAGACUUGGUAGGUAAUUGUAUGAAAGAGUAUGGUAAGUUGAGAGAUUAUGCUGAGGAGCUAAUCCAUUCAAACCCUGGGACCACUGUCUCCUUGCUUACUGACAGGCAAGAUGAAAAUCAACCACCUGUAUUUAAGGCAUUUUACUGCUGCUUUAAGAGUUGCAAAGAGGGUAUCUUGAAUGGAUGUAGACCUGUGUUGGGAAUAGAUGGUUGUUUUUUGAAAGGUUUAGUUAAGGAAGAGAUGCUCACAGCAAUUGGUAGGGAUGGCAAUAAUCAAAUGUUCCCAGUGGCUUGGGCUGUUGUGUUAGUUGAGAAUACAGAGACAUGGAUAUGGUUCCUAAACUUGUUGAGGCUUGACUUGGGGACUGCUGAAAGGGAGGGUUGGACUCUAAUCAGUGAUAGACAAAAGGGCUUGGUUGGAGCUGUUGCAGAUACUUGGUCUAAAGCUGAGCACAGAUUCUGUUGUCGACACUUGUAUGCAAAUUGGUGCAAAACACACUCAAGUAGGCACCUUAAGAACUUGUUCUGGUCCAUUGCAAAAUCAACAAAUAAGUCUGAUUUUGAAGAGAAAUUCAAAGAGCUUGAGAAAGUGCAUCCAGCAGCUGCUAAAGACUUGAUGCUUGUGGCUCCGAAGUAUUGGUGUAAGGCAUUUUUCAGUACAUGGUCCAAGUGUGACUCAUGUGACAACAACUUGUGUGAAGCAUUUAAUGGCACAAUUGUGGAAGCAAGAAGCAAAUCCAUUAUCUCUAUGCUAGAAGAUAUAAGGAGGGCAAUUAUGAAGAGAUUCAAAGACAAAAGGGUUGGGGUAAACUCCUGGAGACAUGAUUAUGGGCCACUCAUCCACAAAAAAGUUCAACACAAUGUGAAUGAGAGUCAUGUAUGGGUUGCUGAUUGGAAUGGUGGAGGCAGCUAUGAGGUAAGGUCUGGGAGGAGUCAAUCUGUAGUACGACUACGACAUGUUGAGUGCACAUGUGGGGCAUGGCAACUUUCUGGAAUUCCUUGUCCCCAUGCCAUUUGUGCAAUACACGACAAUGGUGAGAAGCCUGAAGACUACAUUAAUCUUUGGUACAAGACUAAUACAUAUUUAAGGGCAUAUCAAAAACCACUAGAGCCAAUUCGAGGAGAGAAUAUGUGGCCAAAAAGUAUGCAGGAUGUUGUGGUUCCUCCUCAACUAAGGAGAAUGCCUGGUAGACCUAAGAAGAAGAGAAUGAGGGAACAACAUGAGGUUACAUUGAAGAACAAGCUGUCUAGGACAGGGAUGUUGGUGACUUGUCGUGUUUGCAAAGGAAAAGGGCAUAAUGCAAGGAGCAAGAACUGUCCAGGUGUGAGAGCUACUGGUGUUUCCAGUAGCCAAAUCACUGACCUCACAGCAGCUACUUGUGUUUCCAGCAGCCAAAUCACUGACCUCACAGCUGCUACUGCCAGAAAUGCAACUGAGUUGGUGCAAAAAACUACUACAUAUGUUAGCCCAUUUCAAAAAGACUGCAGACCUAAGAGCAAGUCUAGGAAGAGGACAUUGCUAACAGGACUUGGGCUUUAUAUCAAUCCUGACACUGGUCGGUCAAUUCUCAAUCCUGGAACUUCUAUGGCUAGAGUCGUCAACCGUGGAAGUCAGAACUCGAAGAAGAAGUCUUCUCAACAUGAAGGCAGUAGUGUUGGUGGCUCUUAA